UCUGACGACUGGGACCAGGUGAGGCUUAGACAGGGACAGCUAACGGACUCGGUAAACGGACAGAUAGAAAUAAACGACAAAAUACAAUUGCAAUUAAACACACUGACCUCAUCCAUGAACUCUAUUUUAAAAUCGGACAACUUAGACACAGAACAAUUGUACGAGACAAUUUUGGCAAAAAACCGUGUUGUAAUCAAGAACUUGAAAAUGUAAUACUUGCAAUCACCCUUUCCAAAUUAAACGUAAUAAGUCCAAUAAUCCUGAAUGACGUUGACGUAAAGGAGAUUGAAAGUAAACAUCCCACAAACGUUAGCGUGUCAGAUAUUUUAGAGCCUUUGUUAACUUGUAGAAAAAUAAGAAUAUUCCCGGUACAGCAUGAAAAUAGAAUCUUAGAUUUCGAGGACGGUAGCACGGUCGCGGAUUGCGGUACGGAAACCUUCGCGGUCAAGGACUGCAAUGUAUCAGCGGGCACCACCUUCUGCAGGAGAUCGAAAGCACCAACCUGCGCACAACAACUCAUCUCUGGCAUGGUCGCCCAUUGCAACACCCAGCCUGGACACUUGGACCCAGUCACCAUGAUCGACGAGGGAAUGCUCAUCACCAACGAUGUAACGAUAAAUAUCACCGACGAGAAGGAAAGCCGAAUGAUAUCAGGAACUAACCUGGUAUCAUAUACCGAAAAAAUUAAAAUAAACGGCACCCUUUACGUCAACAAUAUCGGAACAUCAAAGAAGAAAGCCGCAGUUUCAGCCAUGGCUCAAGUAAACAUUCUGAGGCACCUAGAGCGCCUUAGUCUGUCAUCAAUUUACGGAAUGAGCGUUAAAAAUCUGCAGCACAUCAACCAUCUCCAAUCCCGACUGCCAUCAUGCAACACCUGGAUCUUUUGCUCUGUCUCCUCCACAGCCUCAAUAACCCUGGUCAUCAUCUUUCUUAUCUACCGUCUGAAAGCCAAACGUCAACAACCAUCUAAGACCAUUGAAUCCGGGGACGACUUCAUCUUUAGACAAGGAGGAGUUAACACGAGCAAGUCAGAGGGGUGCGACGACCCGCCGAAAUGCCAUCCAAGACCGGAUGGACCAACAAUAACAUCGGCGACGCUGAGUAGCCCAGUAACGCAUUUCGCUUUAGCGAAAGCGAUGUGCAAGGGUCAGCGUAAUGCGAGGCGGACAUGUGCGCGCUGGGUGACCGUCGAAGGCACGGAACUCCAGACGGCACGAGGCGCUGACUAAGCGCUCUGCUGGGUCCGCUGCCUCCAACCGAAGACUU